AAAAUAUUAAUUCCGUACCAUUAAAAUCCUUGUCAAACUUGCAUUCGUAACUCACCUAUAUUGUGACACAUUAUGUAGGCACAACUUGUUUGUCGUGAAGUUUUCACAAUAAAUAUAUUUUCUAAAUAUAUAAGUUAAUGUUAAUUAUACAAUAAAACUUAAAAUGGACAAUGAAACACAAUCUGAAACGGAGGAAGAAAUUUUGGUUUAUGCUGAAUUUGAAGACAGUGUGAACCUCAAUAAAUAUAAAUUUGUUCAUGUUUUAGGGAUAGACACAAAACAUCCAGUUUUUCAAUUAGAUGAUACAUUUUUUACAGGUACAUAUGAAAAUCCACUGGGUACUUAUAUGUUUUUUGAAGAAGACCCCACUAUUCAAAGUUCAGAUCCAUUGUUUGAUAGAUUGCCAGCCAAAAAUUUAAAAUAUUUAUGCAAGACAAGGAAACUUAUAAAUGUAGAACAUGCUUAUAUUACACCAAAGGAGGAAGAUAAAGGCAAGACAAGGCCAAAGUGAAGUAGUGAAUGACGACACACAGAAUGAGGAUAUACAACCAGCUGCCUUUAACUCUAUUCAAGAAGCGCUAGAGAUAUUCAAAAAAGAGUGGGAGAACAAGAUAAAAGAAUAAUAUAAAACAAAAUGUCUGUCUUUAAUAUCCCAAAAGAAACCAGUAUAUAUUGUAUCUAGAAAAUCUUUUGUCACUUUAUUUAUUGAGUGUUAAUAGCUACAAAAUACUGCAAUAUUAACAUUAAUAUUGUGUCAAUAACAUUCAUUUUUAAUCAAUUGAUGAUGCAACUACUACUUUUCUUAUUCUAGAAUUUUAAAAUCUGUAAGGGAUACUAAGAGAACUAAGAUCAAUUAGCCAAACAUUUAUUGUAGCUUUAUUUAAGACUUGUAAAUUAAAUCAAUUUAGUAUAUCUUUCUAUUGUUAUAACAUUGAUAAUCAAUAAAAAAGCUUUAAAGACAUUAAUGAUAGUAUGUGAAUAAAUUGGUAAAAAAAACUUUGGUUUCUUAUCUUCUAUUGUAAAUAAACUCGACACACUACAAUAAUCUCACAUACAUUAAUAGACUUAUUGGUUACUACUUUCACUACUGUCAUUUUAAUUUGCACUGUUAUUUACAAAAUUUCCAGUUUGACUUUUAAAGGCAUUGCUAAAUAUGAUGAAAACAUUGUUUAAAUGGUUAAAUGACUCAUCUCACCAUUUUAAAAACACAUAGGUGUGUGAAUGGUAAGAUUUUGAAAAAUUUCAAGUCUUGUAUAAUAACAUUUGAAUGAGUAUUAUUAUGAUUUUCCUUCAAACAAUGUUAAUUACCUUACUAAAAGUUUUGAAAUUUGUGUGUUCAUGCAAAAUAUUUGUAGUAUGCUUAUUAUAGAAUGCAUAUGAACGUC